AGCGCAUUUCCGGUAAACUUCCGCUGAGUUUUGUUGACAGUUAGCUUGCACUCGAAAACACUUCGCACGUUUCAUUUUUACUUGUCAUAAAUUUCUGUCUUCAGUUUAUAACAUGUCAUUAAACGAGUUCCUUCACAAUAUCGGAACUUGCUGACGAUAUACCCACCCUGUUUCAAUAUGAGUGGUAGUUAGCUAGCACGCUAGCCGGCUAUUUGGCAAGCUAGCUCUCUAGCUUGGGGUGCAUCCCGAAUUGCUGUGUGCUCUCUAUAUAAGUGCACUACGUAUAGUGCGACUUAUAUGCUUUUGCACUCGAUGUAGUGCACUGCAUGCGUCAUAGGGAGUGAAUUUGGGAUUUCGCCCAGCUGUUAGCUGAAGAGUAAGGCUAGGAAAGCAGCUGUGUGUAGGUUAUGAUUAUGAGCAGACGCGUUUGUUAUGCUUUUGCUGGUUUUGAAUAACGUCUGCGCCAUGGACACUGAAGGGAUCGUGAUCCGGAUAAAGACUCCGGUGGGGGACAUGGACUCAUCGGUGGACUGUCCGUCACUUUUGAGCUUCAACGAUUUACUGAUCGCAAUUAGAGAAGUGAUGCCUGAAGCGACCAUUACAGCGUUUGAAUAUGAGGAUGAGGUUGGUGACAGGAUCACAGUUCGGAGUGAUGAAGAACUAAAGGCCAUGCUGUCCUAUUACUGCAAUACAGUGAUGGAGCAGCGCAUGAAUGGACUCCUACCUGAGCCACUACAGAUCUUUCCUCGAGCCGGCAAGACUCCUGGGAACCGGAACAUCCACGGCCUCAAGGUGAACACACGCCAUGGCUCGUCCGGCAGUCGAGGAUCCUCUCCUGCCGAGUCUCUGUCCAACAACAGUUUAAAGAAAUCCUCCGCAGAGCUGAAAAAGAUACUGACCAAUGGCCAGAUAAAUGAACAAGACAUCCAGUACCAGGAGCAGCUUGGCCAUGGAAAUGGGGGAACCGUAUACAAAGCGUACCAUCUCCUGGGGAAGAGGGUUCUAGCAGUGAAGGUCAUUCCUCUUGAUAUCACAGUGGAACUGCAGAAACAGAUCAUGUCUGAGUUGGAGAUCCUUUACAAGUGCGACUCACCAUACAUCAUAAAGUUCUACAGUGCUUUCUUUGUGGAGAACCGAAUAUCUAUAUGCACUGAAUUUAUGGAUGGUGGGUCUCUGGAUGUUUACAGGAGGAUUCCAGAGCAUGUCCUGGGCCGGAUUGCUGUGGCAGUGGUGAAAGGACUGACGUAUUUGUGGAGCCUGAAGAUUUUGCAUCGAGAUGUGAAGCCUUCCAACAUGCUCGUGAACACAAGGGGCCAAGUAAAACUGUGUGACUUUGGAGUCAGCACGCAACUGGUAAACUCUAUUGCUAAAACCUACGUCGGAACCAACGCAUAUAUGGCGCCAGAGCGAAUAUCAGGGGAACAAUAUGGAAUUCAUUCAGAUGUAUGGAGUUUAGGAAUUUCUUUCAUGGAGCUGGCUCUUGGCCAUUUCCCCUAUCCCCAGAUUCAGAAAAACCAAGGUUCCUUAAUGCCUCUCCAGUUAUUGCAGUGCAUCGUUGAUGAGGAUCCCCCUGUGCUUCCUGUCGGUCAGUUCAGUGAGAAAUUUGUGCACUUCAUAACACAGUGCAUGAAAAAACAGCCGAAAGAACGUCCUGCCCCCAAUAACCUCAUGGACCAUCCAUUUAUCACGCAGUAUGAUGACGGGAAUACAGAGGUAGUAUCCAUGUGGGUGUGUCGGUGCUUGGAGGACCGCAAAUUCCAGCAAGCACAGGGGCUAAUGUAAAGAGCCGUGACACAACAAGGAGCCGUUUUUUCCCUCUUUCUAUAACGUGCCACUGAGAGUACAGAGGUUUAAUGGCUGGACUUACUUGAAGGAGACCACCCAUAAACACACUCCACAGUACUUAUGGACCUUGUAUUUUCUGAUGGAUUCAAUAACUCCAGAUCUGUAUUUUUGUUUUGUUUUGUUUUGUUUUAUAUAUUUGUUUUUGAAUGCUUGUGCAAACUGCAGUAUAAAUGUUUCAGGCUUAUGACUCUUAUCACUUCCGUAGCAGAUGGACCAUGAAGCAAAAGCUUUUUAAUAGGGUUGUUCCAGGAUAAACUAGGACACCUCGUAAUGCAGAGUAAACAUUUUGUAUUUUGAUCCCUUGUGGGAAAGGCUUUGGGCUACUGAUCAAAAGGUUGUGAGGUAAAAUCCCAGCACCACCACGAUGCCACUGAUUGGGUCCUUGAACAAGACCUUAACCAUUAUCUUCUCAGUCCUAUCCUGUUUCAGUUGUACAUUGCUUUGGAUAAAGGCAGCAGCCAGAUGAGCAAGAGAGGGUGUUUUUUACUGAACAGGUGAUCAGAUAUGAUUCCCACAAGAAAAAAGAAAGGCCACGCAUUAAUAUUGCAGUGUAUUGCAUGCGGCACAUUGCUCUCAAAUUGCUGUGUGACACAUUUACUGUGCUCGUCUUCAGUAAAUGUUUUAUUCUGGUCAGAGUCAUGUUGGUUUAAAUGACUCCUUUGUUUAUAUUUUGGGAAAUCAAUUCAACUAAAUUUAUUCGAAAAUGUCAACCGGCACCAACGUAAGUAACUGCGGGAAUGGUCCUGAUUUGUCAGAAUCUCUCUAAGAUUGUGCAGAAGUGAAGCCAUUUUAACCCUGAGCUCUUUAAUGAGCACUAACCUGACCAUUCGCGGCACUGCUGUGUUUUUCGAUGAUAACCCAUGCUGCACAUUAUUUAACGUACUGCUCUUUGUUUCCCUUAGAGUCUCACUGGAAGGCUCAUGCAAUGCAUAAACCACAAAAUAGACCACUCAAGUCUUCUGUGCAUUCAGUCACACUCAGACCAGUUUGUGUAGUGAAGAUACAGUUAUUACCGCCACUUGUUUAACCUCCUGUGCACAUAAAUAUGGGUCUUAAAUCUAAUCUUUUAACUCAAAUGACCCCACUUAUCUAUUAGAUAUAUUUAAUUCAAAUCAGCAUCAUCCUCCCUCUCUACUACAGCAUGUAAUCAUUCCACAGCAGGGAGCAAAUAAUUUUUGCUCACUAUUCUAUUAACCACUGACAGCUGCAGACUAACAUGCCUCAUAUGUUACAGCUGCAUCAACCCACCACAUCUGCCUGCUACUACAAUACUCCGUGGGCCACUUAAGGACGGUUUAUGCCAUGAUGCACUUAUUGUACUGCUGUGUUUUUUAUACAGUGUUACUUUAUAAAUGAAGCAGUGCUGUAGGCACAUAUUUUCCAUCCUGUACCACUUGGACAUGAAAGGAGUUGCGACAGUUAAUACCUGAUGAGAUUCCAGUGAAAAAAAGUGAGAUGUAGAACAUUAUAUCCAAAGUAAAUAUAAUACUUGAAGGUUGAAGGUUUUCUUGGUAUGUUACCCAACUGUCAUCCAGUCAUCUUCAUUUGUUGAUGAUGUUUUUGUUUCGGUUUAGAUUUUUAAUCCGGUUCAAAUGCACUGUUACGUUAUUUCUGUCUCUUUGUUUUUAAGAAAUGUGUGGUUCACUGGUGGCACAUGAGACUCAUCUCACAUUGCUGUGGAAGUUUGCAAACCUUCGACAUUUCCUAAGUAAAUGAAACAUUCUGAA